AUGUUUCACUCGGCAAGAGAGUACUUUAAUCCUUUGCUCAAGAACUCAAAGUUUAAAGAGACAGGUGUCCUCACUCCCGAAGAGUUUGUUGCUGCUGGGGACUUUCUCGUAUUCAAGUGUCCUACAUGGUCUUGGUCUGCUGGUGAGCCUACAAAAACAAAAGAUUAUCUUCCAGUCGGAAAGCAAUAUCUUGUUACUCGUAAUGUGCCUUGCUUGAGUCGAGUCAAGGCUAUGGAGUAUGACGAGGAUGACUUUGAAGAGACACUAGAUGGCGGAGCUGAUGAUACAGCGGAUGGUGGAUGGGCUCUCACUGAAAACCUGGCCCAACUAACGACUGCUAAAGAGGGUAAUGAAGAUUCAUCAGUAUCCAAUAACGAUGAUAUUCCGGACAUGGACGAUAUUCCGGACAUGGAUGACGAUCUGGUUGAUGUGGGUAUAAUCAUAGAGGAAAAUGAUCCUGGUGCACUCGUUCUAGAGUCCAACAAGACGGGUGAUUGUGAUGCGGCUGACAAGAUCUUAAAGACAAGAACAUAUGACAUGGCUAUUACAUAUGACAAGUAUUAUCAAACACCACGAGUAUGGCUGUUUGGGUAUGACGAGCAUCGCCGUCCCCUUACAACUACUCAAGUAUUUGAAGAUAUUUCUCAAGAUCAUGCACACAAGACAGUAACUAUCGAGGCACAUCCUCAUGAAAAUCUUACUUUAGCUUCUAUUCAUCCAUGCAAACAUGCCAAUGUCAUGAAACGCAUUUUGGACCAUAUGGAAGAAACAGGCGAAAAUACCGAACUCCGUGUCGAUCAAUAUCUCAUGUUAUUUUUAAAGUUUAUGUCUGCUGUUCUCCCUACAAUGGACUAUGAUUGUAAGUGCCAAUCUACUUUUAAUUUGCAAUGUUUAGAGUCAUCCAUCUCACUUUAUAUUCUACUUGAUAGAUACAACUUCUACCGUAUAACCUGUUAA